GUGCUAAUGUUGUAGUUCAAAGUUGAUCAUUUGUGAGUGAUAAUAAUAAUUACAACUUCCCUUUUUUACAAGAUAUCAUGGCUAUGAAUGAGAAAAAACUAAAUGAAGGACAUGCACAUAUGCGAACAGCCGAAAAUAGUCAGAAGACAUCAUUAUUUAAAUGGAAACCUGACUUAGAAGUGGCAAUCGAAGAAUAUUCAAAAGCUGCUGUUUGCUUCAGAACUUGCAAAGCUUAUGAUCUAGCAAAGAAUGCAUAUUUAAAAGCUGCAGAACUUCAAGCUCAGACAAAUGCAAAAUUCUAUGCUGGCAAGAGCUAUGAACAGGUUGCAUUACUUUGCAAAGAAACUAAACAACUGGAACAAGCUGCAGAGCUACUAGAAAAGGCUUCAGCAAUGUUCAUGGAACAUGGAACACCUGAUUCAGCUCGACUGGUGCUUGAAAAAGGAGCUAAAAUGGUUGAACAAGAAUUCCCCUUAAAAGCAGUUCAUAUGUACAAAAAGGCUAGUGCCAUUGCCGAUAAUGAGGACCGACCAAACAAUGCUGCAGAAAAUAUUGGGAAGGCUGCCCGAAUUUUAAUCCACCAGCGCAAGCUUGAACAAUCAAUUGAAUAUUUGAAAAAGGAAAUACAUCACCACAAAAAAACUCAAAAUUGGCCUAUGAUAGGUAAAGCUGCCGUCGGUGUGAUAUUGUUGUAUUUACACAACGAAGACUUUGCAGGAGGUUUUAAUUUUUAUGAAGAACACUUUAAGCGUCCAGAACUUUCAGACAGUGAUGACGCAGUGUAUAUGUACAGACUCUUGAAAGCUUAUGAUACAGCAGAUGAGGCAGCUGGAAGAGCCGUUUUAGAUUCUCCACUUGUACGACACAUGGAUAAUGCUUUUGCAAAGCUGGCACGUGACUUAGAAAUCCCUGAAAUAGGUACAAGUAGUCAAGACUGGGGCCCAUCACCUCAUGACCCAAUAGAUGAGAUAGCAGAAGCUACAGCUCGACUGGCUGCUGAUGAUUACUACGAGGAAGAAGAUGAAGAACUUGAUUUGCUCUAGUUUACCAUUUUGGUGUUUCUUCAACAAAAAAUUGUCUCUCGCUCUCUUCAUCUUUCUUUGAUUCUCUAGUUCUACAACUUGUCAUUUUAAUUGAUUAUCCAUUAAAUUAUCUUUGAUUCUCCACUCCGGUGUCAAUGUUAUGACCCUCAAAUCCUUGUAUUUCUUCAGACACACACUCAUACAUGGACUUAAAUAUAUGUGCAUGUUACACACACAUGAACACUUACAUGCAUGCACACAGAAGUAGGAAUACAUGUGACAGUCUCAUUCACAUAGACAUGCUAUUUUUCAUUUCUAAUUUCUCUCUUACAUGCAUACUUAACAUUAUGCAUGUGUGUGUGUGUAAGUGUGCGCAUGCACUUUUAGUUAUGUAAAAAAAAUGUGAAAUAUUAACUGAAUUGUAAACACAAUAUGUUAGAGUAAAAUAUUUAUUAUUUAAAAAAUAGAUUGACAGUUACAAAUGAGAUUUUUUAAUAGCUUUGCAGAAACUAGCACUCUCUGAGUGAAACAGAUAAAAACACACACGUGUGUGUGUGCACAUGCAUGCACCCAUACACACACUCUUUUACUUCAGAAAAUCUUAUGUGGAUGAAUCUUAAUGCAAGAUGUGAAAAUAACUGGAUCAUGUGUCAAAUCUCUUAGAUUUUCUUAACAAUAUCUAAGAACCUUUUAUUUUUCCCUUUAAAAACAACUCACCUUCAUAUCUGUUUUGCUAUUUCACAUUAUUACAAUUGUUAAUUAAUUUGAUAUACUCAACUGAAUGUUUUGAGUGCAUGGUUAGAACUUACCAACAUAGUUUGAAUCCAUAUGCAAUGUUCACAUGUGGAAGAACUUGUUCAGUGUUCAGAUAUUUGCUGUUAAUAUUUUGCAGGAUAUAUCAAAAGUUAAAAUAGUGUGAUUAAUAGCUUCCACAAAUUCAAAUGCAAUAUUAAUAUAAAGUUGGAAGUGGACAAAGUUUGUGCAUGGGAUGGAUCUAAUUGAGGGAAAAAAAUGGAUGAUGGUGUUAUCAGUAAAAAAUAUAUAAGAAUUGAUUUGAAAGUAAUAAAAUGAAGGAGAGUAGAUGUAUAAUGUGAUAAGAUAUAGGUAAGAAAAGGACUUGUCUUUAGAUACUGUAAUGGAAUCUGAUGGAAAAAGCUAUUGCCAUAAGCAGUUAGGUCAAUAUAGGUCUGUGAGUGGGUGUUUGUGAGUUAUUGUGUGCAUUUUCCCACACUAAACCUUUUGUCAAUCCACUUCUUCCAAUUUCAAAGAAAUGCAUUUAUAAAAUGGGACCAACAGAAGGAACGUAAAACAACUAUCUUGAAGUUCUCUAUUAUAUACUCUGUUUCUUAAUUAUGGGUGGUACCAAUUGUUGUUUAGCUCCAGGCCUAUGAUCAAAGAUAUUCCAGUUGUGGCCAUCCCAUUUUUUUUUUAGGAGAAUGUCCAGGACUACAUUAACCAAUGUAUCCAUUCCAUAUUUAAGAUGGUGGAUUACAAGCCAAAAAUGAUUAGGGAAGAAACUUAGUUUAAGCAGAGUUGAUUUAAUUUCAUUGGUUUGUUUUCUUUCAAAGGAAAAUAUAUUAAAUUUCCUCAGGAUGUUAAUAAUCAUAAUUUUAUUUUGUAAACUCAGAUACCAUAACAGAAAUCAUACAUUUGAUGGAAGUGUGGAGGGAUGACUAAUAUUUUCCUUCAUCAUUACUAAUUUCCAUCAUGCUUCAAACAUUGUAAAAUUGAAUUUUGUAUGUAAGCACUGUUGCUCAUAAGUUUAAUUUAUUUUAUUGCAAGCUACAAUGCUUAAAUAAUAACUCAAUAAUUGUACAGUAUUAUAAUAUUUUUUAUAGAUCUUUUUAAAUUAUUGUUGUUAUCUGCUUAGAACUAGCAAGUUUGAAAUGUUAUGCAAAAGUGUUUUGCUGAAACAAAAAUAUUUUCUUUCAAGUAUUUAUCAAAUGAGAAUUUUAAACUUUUGUAUGAAAUUUAUUAUAGCAAACUUUUAUAAUUUUUUUAUUUUUAUUUAUUGGCUGGAUGCAUUAAACAAUCAAUGUAUCUGAUUGAUAAAGUUAAUUAAAAUAUAUUUCAUUUGUAUUUGCAUGACCUCCAUAAAAUCAAACUCUAUUUUCACUGAUUAUGAUCGGUUAUCAUGUAGAAUGUAUUUUAAGGCAUAAACACACAUCUGUUUUAUAGUUUUCUUUUUCUCAGUAAUGAUUGUGAGAAAUGUUUCUUCUAAAUCUUUUAGAUCAAAAUAACAGUUUCCUUUAAAUAUAGUAAUGAAUAGUUUUUUUAAUGCAGUCCUUUAGUUUUCUUCCAAAGAACACUCAGAUAUUGAAAAUAGGUGAGUCUGCUACAGGUUUUGAGUUUGGUAACCAAAUGUAAGUUUAAAUGUUUUCUUUGCAAUAUUACAAUUGCAAUUAUUAUAAAUUACACGAUUCAGACAAAAAAAAAAAGAGAAACAUUAUUUCCUUUUUUUCUUGAUAAAAGACAUGUCUAUAUUAUGUAACCUUUCAAAUUCUUUUAUCUAAUAUAACUAUGUAAAAUAUUUUUUUUUUUUUGUUAAAAUGUAUAUAAUAUAUUGUGCUUGUAAAAAACCGUUAAAAUAAAUGAAUAAUGAAAGACAAA